AUCUUUAUCUCCACUUUCUCUGUCCGUGUCCAAGCAUUCCACCUCCUCAUCCUCUCUUGUGUCACAGUGAGAGAGCUGAGGGGCAGACAGAGGCGCCGUACACACUCGCGCUACUAUAUUUAACACACACACACACACACACACACACACACACACACACACACACACACACACACACACACACACACACACAUCCUCGUACGUGUGCAGGAACCACAAAGCAGGAGCGUGACGCCAGCACCUUCUCUCUCAGACGGAGGACGGCGUUGGACGUCUCAUUCAAACAAGGAUCGGGCAGGAAGACGCGGAUUAACCAUCUCCAUCCCUUCUUAGAUCCUCUCUUCCCUCCACAAUCCCUCAUAGUGCUCCUCCAAAUGCAAACAGGGGAUUGUUUCUAUACAUAAAGAAGGAUUAUUCUUAUUUUCCCUGCAGGAUUUUUUUCACGUAUGGAUUCUCCUUUUCCUAUGAUUGCUUAAAUUGUACGGAUAUUUUUGGGGACGGGAUGUCGCUGUGAGGCUCUGAAAUAUUUAGUCAAGAGGUUCACAGUUGCCGCCCUUGUGGAGGCUGCAGGCAUGGCCGCUUGACACCUGCUGCCACAACCACUGCCACUCUACCAGAGGAAGCUGUGCGUCAUGGCCCCCCACAGACACCCACCCGGGGGCUUGGGGCCGUACGGACCCGCUUUCCUCUGCCUGCUGGUGGCGCUCUUCCAGCCAGCCAUCCUCUGCCCUGCCCCCUGCAUGUGCCCCUCAGAAGGCCUGCUGGUGGACUGUGGGGGUCGAGGCCUCACCUCCCUGCCUCCCUUGCACCUCCUGCCUCCAGGGAGUCGUUUCUUCUCGCUGGCCAACAACAAGCUAGCCUCACUGGGAGCUUCCGCCCUCGUUAACCUCUCUUCUCUGGAGGAGCUUGACCUCUCUAACAACUACCUUGAUAAUUUGCCGGCCGGAUUAUUCCGAGACAUGAUCAAUCUGACCAAGCUGACCCUGCACAACAACUCUGUGACAGUAAUGGACAGGGAUCUCUUUCAGGGUUUGGGGAGUCUGCAGAGUCUAGAUCUAUCACUAAAUGGCCUGGCGUCUGUUCCUCUGGGGCUCCUGGAUGAGCUGCAGAGUCUCAGGUGGUUGUCCCUGGCUGGAAACAGACUUCGGGGUUUGGAGAGGGCAGCGUUCGAGCCCCUGUCCCACCUCCAACACCUAGAACUGGGACACAAUCCCUGGGAAUGCGAUUGCAACCUGCGAGAUUUCAAACAUUGGAUGGAGUGGCUAUUGUACCGAGGCGGCAAGGUGGACGCAAUGGAGUGCACGCUACCCAAAGAUCUGCGGGGGCGAGACAUCCGUGGCGUUCCCGUUGAAAUGUUUGACUACUGCCUCCAGCUUGACGAUGAGAAUGGAGGAGGAGGAGGAGGAGGUGGUUCUCCCUGCAGCAGGAGCACCCUUAACCCCAGCAGUGUGCCACCACUUUCUGGUGGUGAUGACUCCUCUACAAAUUCAGGAGGUGGUGGAGAGGCCCCUGCGGAUUGCGUGCGCGCCCGCUAUCGGCCGGUGAGCGUGCGGCGCGCCAUCGGUACCGUAGUGAUUGCCGGCGUGGUGUGUGGCAUUGUCUGCAUCAUGAUGGUGGUGGCUGCUGCGUACGGGUGCAUCUACGCCUCGCUCAUGGCCAAAUACCAGAGGGAGCUGAAGAAGAGGCAGCCGCUCAUGGGGGACGGCGAGGGUGAUGGGGACGACCGGGAGGAGAAGCAGAUCUCCUCGGUGGCGUAGGGGAGACUCUAAGGGGGACAAAUUGGCUAAAGGGCUCAAGGAGGAGAAUCGGAAAGUCAUCCUUUCAUGUCUUCCUUUUCAAAACGUUUUCAACCAACCUGAGUUCUUCUCUUUCAAAGCCUGCAUAUAUUUUUUAGCAGUCAUCUCUCCUACUAGCCACCUUCUGAUGCAGCACCGGAAACAACAUGCUGGACAUGGCAAGAAUCUGAUUUCCAACCUACUGUAUCAUCAGAGGUGGAAGAUGGAGUUUUCAGGGACCAACAUCCACAUACACGAUGAGCCCUCCUUUUGAACCUUUUCAAGCCUCCCAAAUGCCCAAAAAAGGAGGCUUAAAUGAUGAUGGCGUUAACAAAGUUACAUUGAAGUAUCUCACAUGUUUACAUUCGCACAUGUCUGAAAAGGGGUAGGAAGAAUCAGAGCUUCAUUUAAGCUAAUGAAUCAACACAUCUACUGCUUUGCCACAGACAUGAUGUCCAGAUAAUCCCAUUUCAGCUUCUCUCUGGACCGUCUCAGGAUAUAAAUUGACAUAAAAUUGAGGUAUUUGUUAUUUAUCAAUGGAAAAAUGCUUUCAAACUGGGUCAAAAACUGUGUCUUUUUAGACCCAUGGACGUAAAAGUCUCUUGCAAAGAACCAUCAAAUGACUUUCCAGCACUUUAUCUCCCGAAUUACCUUGUUUACCGUUCCUUCCCCUUCUUUUCUCAAACUUUUCAAAAGGUGUUAGAGCUAACAGGGGAUUGAUGCUGCUAUUACCCCUUUUUCCAUCCCUUUACCUCUCCAUCCAACUUUUCAUCUACAGUGUACAGCGGUACCUUGCCUUUUGUUAGUAAUGUGUUCCAAAAUGUCAGAAUUGUAAAGAAACUGAAUGCAUUUUUGCCAAAACAAAAAAUUGCAUAAUCAGUUUCAGACACCCAAAAUAUCCACUGAAAGCACCUUUUACAGAGAAUAAUUAUGGUUGUAUAUGCAUAAAACAAUGUGCAAUACAUACAAAUGAUGCAUGAAAUCUAUGAAUGAACAUUUAACAGGAUUUCGUAGGCUUUUUUUGUGAUUAUUUUACCUAAAAUGCCUGGAUUUGCGGUAGCAUUUUUAGAGAGUUACGAUGUUUUGAAGAUAUUUUUUUUCAAUAACAUUGAAUCAACUUGAUAUUUUUUUAAUGUUCUAUUAAUGUUUUCAGUGUUGCUUGUAACCUUAACUUCGAAAAGCACAGGAUUUCAACAAAUAUUGGGAAAAAAAUACUGUAUUGAUGUUUUACUCAUUGUAUAGCACAGACUUAAUAGUGGACAUCCGGCAGUAAAAUCACAUACUCAGAGCUCAUUGUGAAAUUACUGUACUGUUUUAAUUCAUUAUAACUAAUAAAUAGUAAUAGAUUAUAAUUACAUAUAGAAAAACCACCAAAGGCUUUCCUAUAGUCCCCUGUCUGCUUUGUCUUCUACAAGUUGCAGACAUUCUUCAUGUAUGUUUUACACUUCAAGCGCUUGCCCAUCUUAAACAUUAAUUUAUGUUCCAACACAUUUAACCCUGCACGUCUAGAGCAUUUGCGAACUGUUGAGAGCGAUCUACAGCACUAUUUUUGUUGUUGAUAAAUGAGAGAUUUUCAUCACAGUUCACACAUAUAUAUAUAUAUAUAUAUAUAUAUAUAUAUAUAUAUA